GUGGAGUACGUGAUAAAGUGCGACAUGUCGUCCCUGCAGAGAGUUCUCUACAGACACAUGCAGGCCAAGGGAGUGCUGCUCACUGACGGCUCAGAAAAAGACAAGAAGGUGAGAAGAGAAGACUUAUUAUUAUUAUUAUUAUUAUUAUUAUUAUUAUUAUUAGAGCACAUCGAGGAGUCUUUCUCUGAGCAUCUCGGCUACUCUGGAGGAGUCGUGAGCGGCCCCGACCUGUACCGCGCCUCUGGUAAAUUUGAGCUGCUGGAUCGAAUCCUGCCAAAGCUUUGUGCCACCAACCACAAAGUACUGCUCUUCUGUCAGAUGACCACGCUCAUGACCAUCAUGGAGGACUACUUCGCCUUCCGAGGCUUCAAGUACCUGCGUCUGGACGGAACCACUAAGGCAGAGGACCGUGGGAUGCUCCUGAAGACCUUCAACGACCCUGCCUCGGACAACUUUGUGUUCCUGCUCAGCACCAGGGCUGGAGGUCUGGGCCUCAACCUGCAGUCGGCUGACACCGUGGUCAUCUACGACAGCGACUGGAACCCACAUCAG